CGCUGGAAAAUCUCCAGCCGCGUUCGAAUGCUAGUCGUAACCAGGAAACUCAAAUGUCCGACUUGCAAACCAAGGUGAAAGAAUCGGAUCCCAAGUUUCCCACUUGGGAGGUAUCAGAAUCAACCUAUGGGAAGCUCUACGCAAAUAACUUACGUUCAUUUUAACUCUGAGGUUCCAAGUUUCCAAUAGCACAUGAACGCAACAAUGGUGCGCUCAAGACAACUCUGACGCCUUGAUCACACCGAAAAUAAUUGUGCAUUUUGGUACACCAGAAGUACAUUCAUUUCUAAUGGAACGCUGUGCUUGCAUUGCAGACACAGUUGGCGUGCGUUCUGUGUGGUACAUACGUUGGAUUUAUCGAUGCGUACAUGGCUUGACAGAAAUGGUAGCAGAAGGUGAACGCUGAACUUUUCUUGCACACAUAUCCAGAUGAUGCUGCGUACCAUUUUGUGUAAUGACACUAUCGAUAUGAUCAGGCAUGAACUCCGAACUAGGAAAUCUCCGACCUCCGACUUCAGUGCAUUCAAGAGAACUGGGAACUCGGGGAAAAACGAGCACUGACUGGGAAACUCUUUGACAGUCAUCCAACUCGGAAUUUCAAGUCGGAAACUCGGGCAUCGUGGUGCUUUCAAGACAACUGGGAACUCGCAAAAACACAAGGCCAAAUCCUGACGACAGUGAUUUUCAGGUCGGAAAGUCAGAACUCUAAAAAGAUGCCUGAGUUAGAUGACCAUCGGAGCUCGUUUUUUUUCGAGUUCCCAGUUGUCUUGAACGCACUGAAGUCUAAAAGCCGGAUAUUUCCGCGUUUCGAGUCCCCAGUUGCUUUGAACGCGGCAUCCUAGUGUUACGACUUUUCCGACUUGAAGAUCACUGACGUCACGAUUUUUGCCAUUACGAGCUCGUUUUUUCCGAGUUCCCAGUUGUCAUGAACGCACCAUCAAUUCCGUAUUCUUGCCACUAGUUUCAUACUAGCCUACGUAGUUGAUAUCACCUAGAGAACGCAGUGUCACGGACAGACAAUUCUUCUCAUUCUACCAGCUAUACUAAAUCCUCAUGGAAAAGGUAGAGAUGUUACGAGUAAUCUGAGAUGGUCUUUAGAAGAAUGGCUUUCCCAGCCGAUGAGUACUGGCUGAGGAUGAUGAAGACGAAGAAGAUACAGGGGUCACCGCAGCAGUGUCAGGGGCUGCAGGGACCUCUGUGAUUGCUGACCCCACCUCAUCUCUGACCUCCCCAGCUCUGUAUUGGCUGACCAUGGCCACUCAGAGGACACCCCUGGUCAAAGACUUUAACCACUUCAUUACCUGCUACCUGUGCAGAGGUUACCUGAUCAAACCCACCACGGUCACUGAGUGCCUGCACACAUUUUGUAAGAGCUGUAUCAUCCAGCACUUUGAAGACAGUAAUGACUGUCCCAAAUGUGGCAUUCAAGUCCAUGAAACCAACCCUCUAGAGAUGCUAAGGUUGGACAAUACUCUUGAGGAAAUCAUUUUCAAGCUUGUACCUGGAUUACGAGACAAAGAGGAACAGCAGGAGAUUGAUUUCUGGAGGAAGAAUAAAUCCAAAGAAAAUGGACAAGGAGACGGCCUUGGGUCUAAGAGGCUUGGACUCAGUGAUGAUGAGGAUGGUGAUGAAGAUGGUCAGGAUUAUCACAGGAGCGACCCCCAGAUAGCCAUCUGCCUGGACUGUCUCCACAACAAUGGACAUGCUGCAGAUGACACAGUGAAGUGUUUAAUGAAGAAGUUCAUUCGCUGCUCUAGUCGAGUCACGGUGGGAACCAUCAAGAAGUUUCUCAGUCUAAAGUUAAAGCUUUCAAGCUCUUGUGAGCUGGAUGUGCUGUGUAAUGGGGAGAUCAUGGGUAAGGACCACACUCUGGAGUUCAUCUACAUGACCCGCUGGAGGCUGCACGGUGACAAUACAUAUCCCAUGGUCCUGGAGUACAGGCCACGAAUAGACUUUGGCUGAACAAAGCCCUUGAGAAGCCUUCAUCGACAAAUAAAAGCAAUGACUGGAUGUGCAUCAAACUGAGGCCAGGGACUCAUCCUUCCCAACAUUUUUGAACUUCUGUUUAAUUUGGUUGUGUCCUUCGUUGUUGAACAUUCCGUGCUUGUGGCCAAAGUGAUCUUCAAGACGAGUAACUACAAAGACAAGCUUAGCUGAAACAUGGAUGUAUGAAUGUGUCCAAAUGUAUUUAUUAGCCAGGUACUCGGGUAUCUUGGUAACCCAGCCAAUGACAAGGAUUGGCCUGCAUCUACAUGAUGAAUACAAGUUGGUGUGGACAGAAAAUUAAAUGGAAAGAAGAAUAGGGAGGAAUCAAGCCACUCCAAGGCCUUCCAACAGAUGCCUGACUGUUUCAACAAGAAAAGUAACAUUUUUUCAAUUUAAGCCAUUUUUUCUCUUUUAUAAAAUGCAUAACAUCCACAGAUUUACCCACAAUCAAUCAAUUGACCGAGCACCUUAAUGUUGCCAAAUGUUUGAGUCUAAACCGAAGCUCAUUCGUCUUCAUUCUGUCCCAUGCUCAGUUAUUAUAACCAGUCUGACAUGUUGCUGAAAUCAACAAACACUCUGGCAGAGGCUCGGGAGCCUGCGUGAUGGGAAGAGAAACGUUAAGCCUCUUUUUUUAACAAACGCAUACACACACACACACACACUCGCUCAACCCAAACUGCAGUGUGAUUACCCUGGCUCCUGCCAAUCUCAGACCUGCACUAAUAGCUUUUUUGGCACCGGUCAGAGUGACCAGGUAUUACAUUUUAGUUUUUCAGAUUAAUCUUAGUAUCUCUCUAGCCUAAAAAGAUACAAUCUUACAUGUUUUGAAGGGAAACCAGUGGUGUGUACAUUUCAUAUUGUUACUAGACCUUUGAGCUAUAAAUGUGUUUUUUGAAGUACAUGACAUUACGACACGGUAGUACGAGAUAUGAAUUAUGCCAAUUAUGGAUCUUUGAUCACAGAAUAGUAUUGGGCACUGUAAGAACUGGUUGGCAUAAGGCUUAUUGUAUUAGCGUUGAGGUGUAGUGUACUGAAGCUGACUCUUUCACAGUGAUUCAGUAUAGAGUAUACCGUGUCUGCUUCAUUACCUAGUCAUCUCAAGUUUAGCCUUUUAAACUCUAAUCUAUGUUGAUGUGGUUUAUAUGUGAAAACCAUUGAGGUGUGUUCCUUGCAGUGAAGCCAACCUGUCCUUGUGCUGACAAGGAAAAUGUUUUUUUUUUUAUAUAUUAUUUUUUUUUAAACAGAAAAGGAAACAUGUACAUAUUCUUUUUAUGCUGCUUAGAGUAAUAUAUUAUAUUUUUAAAUGUACCCAUGCCUGAGAAUCAUUAUUGAGAUAUUAGAGCUGUAGAAAUAUUGUUAAUAUCUGUACUUGAUUUAUAAUAAUUAUUCAUGAAUAAAUUAAAUGUUUUAUUUUA